AUGUUCAGAUUUGUAUCCUUGUUCGCUUUGUUGGCCGUUGCUGCCGCUUCUACCGGUUAUGUGGCUGAGACCCAUGUUGUCCAACCUGUGGUCACCAAGGUGGCCCAUGCCGUACCCUCUGCAGUAUCCCAUCAAAGCUUCACCCAAGUCCACAACAAAGCUCACAUCGUUACCCCUGUGGUAAAGACUGUUGCCGCCCCUGUUGUUCACACCACCUAUGCUGCCGCACCUGUCGUUAAAACUGUUGCCACCCCUGUUGUGCACACCUACUCUGCCCCCGUUGUUAAGACUGUAGCUGCUGCUCCCGUGGUCCACACCUACUCGGCCCCUGUGGUCAAGACCGUAGCCACCCCUGUUGUCCACACCUACUCUGCCCCAGUUGUUAAGCAUGUUGCUGCCCCUGUUGUUCACACCUAUGCUGCUCCCGUUGUCAAGACUGUUGCCAGCCCUGUUGUCCACACCUACGCUGCUCCCGUUGUCAAAUCUUUUGUUUCCUCACCCAUUGUGCCUGUUGCCAAAUCUGUCUAUGUCCAUUAA